AUGAGUCAAUUACUCGGGUUCUCACAGCCCGAACAAGCAAGAAUAUCACAACUAUCUUUCACCACUGCACGAGAAAAUUCAACACCCAAUAAUCCUUCUACACCCAGAGCUUCAAAUCUCAAUUCCAUUUCUGUUCCUAUCCAGGAACAGGAGGAAAUACCUAAUCAUGACGAAGAUUUCCCUCCUAGAAAUCCAAUGCGUCCUUCUCCUGCCAGACACGUAUCCUAUUUCUCCGAAGACUUCACCGAAGAAUCAACCCUCCAAUCAUCUACCCAAUAUUCCGCAUCUUCAACUGCAGGAAAUCCCAACAACAACAACAAACAUCCCUACAAUAACCGCCAUGGCACCGAAGACAUCGAAGGACAAUUUAAAAAAAUCGAAGAAUCAAACUACACCACCGGCACCAACACAGCAUCCCAAAAGCCCCCAGGAUCUACCUCCGAAAUCCACUUCCGCUCCAUGAACUGGGUGCAAUGUUCCGCACUUAUGAUCGCCGAAACUAUCUCCCUCGGAAUCCUCGCGCUGCCCUCCGUCCUCGCAACUAUCGGUCUCAUCCCCGGUAUCCUCCUCAUUCUCAUCAUGGGAAUCCUAGCCUGGUAUUCCGGAUACGUGAUGCAUCAAUUUCGACAAGCAUAUCCCAGUAUCCAUAGUUGGGCCGAUUGCUGCGAGAUAUUAUUGACGCCGCUAGGAUGGGGACGAGUUGGGCAUGAGAUUGCGGGGGCGGCGCAGAUUUUGUUUUUGUUAUUUUUAAUGGGGAGUCAUAUAUUAACGUGGAUUAUUUGUUUGCCAUUCGCAAGCAUCACCACCGCCGUCCUAAUAACAAUGAUAAGCGUCAGAAUCCGCGCUCCCCCCACAAAAACCUACACUCUCUGGCCCCGCGCCCAACUCACCCUCCGCGAAGCCUUCCUAAGCAUAACCAACAUCGUCUUCGCCUACGCCGGACACAUCGCCUUCUUCACCUUCAUAUCCGAACUACGGACGCCUAACGAUUUUCCCAAAGCACUCGCUACACUCCAAAUUGUCGAGAUAACGCUGUAUCUCGUGACUGCAAUUGUGAUAUACGUGUAUGCAGGCUCGGGGGUUACAUCACCUGCUCUCGGGUCUGCGGGACCCGGGGAUUUUCGUAUGAUGAAUAUGCGGACGAAGGGGAGUACGUUGGCUUGGAUGGGGAUUACGUUUGCUCUUUGGGUGGUGGCGUGGGUGAUUGCGGAGAGUAUUCCGGUUUUUAAUGAGUUAUUGGGAUUGGUUAGUAGUUUGUUUGCGAGUUGGUUUACGUAUGGGCUUGCGGGGGUUAUGUGGUUGUUUGUGCAUAAGGGGAGAUGGAAUGAGGGGUGGUGGAUGAGAGGGCUGUUUUUGUGUAAUGUUGGGUUGGUGAGUGUUGGGGCGGUUGUUUGUGGGAUGGGACUUUGGGCUAGUGGGGUGGGGAUUGGAGAGGGAGCGAGGGGGGGGAGGAGUUGGAGUUGUGGGGGAGACUAG